GGCGGAGCGACGGCGGCGGGAAGGGCUGUCCUAGGGAUCGGCGGCGGUAGGAACGAUGCCGGUCCAUUCCCGGGAGAAGAAAGAAAACAACCACGAUGAGAUGGAGGUGGACUACGGGGAGAACGAGGGCAGCAGCUCGGAAGAGGAGGAGACCGAGAGCUCGUCCGUGUCCGAGGAGGGGGACAGCUCAGAAAUGGAUGAUGAGGACUGUGAAAGGAGGAGGAUGGAGUGUUUAGAUGAAAUGUCCAAUCUUGAAAAGCAAUUUACAGACCUUAAAGAUCAGCUUUACAAAGAAAGAUUAAGCCAAGUGGAUGCAAAGCUACAAGAAGUCAUAGCUGGAAAAGCACCUGAAUAUUUAGAACCAUUGGCAGCUUUACAAGAAAAUAUGCAAAUCCGAACUAAGGUGGCAGGUAUCUAUAGAGAGCUUUGUCUGGAAUCUGUGAAGAACAAGUAUGAAUGUGAAAUUCAAGCCUCUCGACAGCACUGUGAGAGUGAAAAGCUUCUGUUGUAUGAUACCGUACAAAGUGAACUAGAAGAAAAGAUUAGAAGACUUGAAGAAGACAGGCAUAGCAUUGACAUUACCUCAGAAUUAUGGAAUGAUGAACUACAGUCCAGGAAGAAAAGGAAGGAUCCAUUUAGUCCAGAUAAGAAGAAACCUGUUGUUGUAUCAGGCCCCUAUAUAGUUUAUAUGUUACAAGACCUUGAUAUUCUUGAAGACUGGACAACCAUAAGGAAGGCAAUGGCUACACUGGGGCCACACAGAGUAAAGCCAGAACCACCUGUCAAAUUAGAAAAGCACCUACACAGUGCUAGAUCUGAAGAAGGAAGACUGUAUUAUGAUGGAGAGUGGUAUGGACGUGGACAGACAAUAUGCAUUGAUAAGAAAGAUGAAUGCCCUACAAGUGCCAUAAUUACAACAAUUAACCAUGAUGAAGUUUGGUUUAAAAGACCAGAUGGAAGCAAGUCCAAGCUGUAUAUUUCUCAACUACAGAAAGGAAAAUACUCAAUAAAGCAUAACCACAACUGACCAUUGGUAAUCUAUGAAACAAGUGGUAUUGCCAUGCUUGAUGUGCCAUGGGGUGAAAGUUGUAUUUAACAGUGUUUUGUAUUUCUUAUAAAUUUACAGCAGUAUCUGAUGUGUAUUUGUAGUGCUGUAUGUAGACUUCAUAUGGACAGGCUUCAGAAACCUGAGGAUGGUAAAUCAUGUCAACAAACAUUUUACCUCUAAAUUGGGUCCAGUGCCUAAGAUAUGAAGUAUGCUCUUCAAGCAUAAUAGCUCAGAACUUCUCAUCUUUGUAAAAUAAAAAAAUAAAAUGCAGAUUUAAAAAAAAAAAAAGACUUCCCCCCCCCCGUUGGUGUCCAGUUGGUGUGAUUAAAAAUAACUGUUAUUACCAGCAACUCACUUUUUUUUCAGUGAACAUGUCAUGCUUCUUUUGUGGAUGUAAAUUUAGCCUGUUCAGCUGUUGCUUUUGAAUAGAUUGUAACAUGAAUAAGCAUUCUUUUAUCCAAAGCAGACUGAUUUAUUAAAAUUAUUGCACUCCACAUCUCUGCUAGUACUGUCUGUGUUACAUUUUGUAAGGUUUACUGUAUUGCUUGUAAUGGAACAAAGCCAAUAUUUGGAGCUACGUUUUUUGAGGAGCACUUUUCUGAUUUAUGACCCUAUUCUAUAGUAAAUAAAUUGUUGGUAAUUUUUUUUUUUCUUUCCCAGAUUUCCAGCAAAAUUUAUGUGUGAAGUAGACAGUGUUGCUCCAAACCUGUAUUGUAUGUAGCCCACAAAGAAUGACGUGUAAAUACUGUUGCAUGCUCUGCUUGUUUGGUCCACAGUUGUAUGAAAUACUAUGAGUCUUUUUUUCAAAAGGAAAGUAUUUCCCCAGAAAUCAUAUAUGUGGGAUAAUUUAUACUGACUUCGCCACCAACCACCAUUUUCCAAAUUUCUGUACCCAACUUCAUCUUACUGUACACCAGAAUUAUUUUAUGCAGCUUAGAAAGCUGAAUUUCUCUUAAAUCUUAGUUUUAAGUCACAGUGAAAAGUCCUGAAUCCUUGAUAUUAAUGUGAUGUGUUUGGAGCAUCUAGAUUGACAGAGGGAUUGCUGAAGAAUUAUUAAUGCUUUGGUUAUGUGCACUUUAGUCUCCACUUUUGAUGAUAUUACUUGGAGAAAGAAAGCAUCCAUUUGCUUUAAAUGAUCACAGCAAAUAAGUAUUUUUAUUGUAACAUAUAAAUGUUCUAUCCCUAUAUUAAUUAUCUCUUCUAGUGCAGGGUGGUAACUGCUUUCCAAAUGCCAAAUCAAUUUCUGCUGAGUGAUGCUUUUCUACAGUUGUAUGACAUUAUUAAUCAAAUGUACAUAAAGUAUUAAUUGACAUGUUGGCUUUUAACAAUAUAAACUGUAUGUGUACAGUGGUUUGAUAAACUUUUUGUAAUAAAAUAUUCUUAUUUUUUAACUUGGUAUGUAAAUAAAUAAUCUGUGGUAGUGGAUAUCUCUUA